AAUGCAUAACGGGCAAUAACGGUGGUCAGAGCGUAACAUCGGAGUCAGUAUGGAAUGAGAAACACGUAGUACCCGAUCCUAUUCUACAGACUGUCCGGGUGUAUGUGAUUCCUCUCGCGAGACUCUGGGCUCCCCUCCCCUCCCGGCACACACACAAGAACUAACGUUCCGACAGCAGCAGCCGCCUGGCUCCGCCCCCCUAUUCGCCGCAGCCACCGCCUGUGAGUGUGGGAGCCGCCGCCGCGUUUACAGGAGCAGUGAUUUGUCUCAUGGUGCCGCCACUGCCUUGUCAGAGAUAACGCUGAGUGUCGGUUUGCCCCCCCCCCCCCUCGUUCCUGCUGUAUAACGGACUAGCAGCUCCGCAUUUGCCCUGAGCUGUUUAUCUGUUCCAUUCACUCUGUCACUGGGUCAGUACUCCGGCUAAGUGUUACCGGAUUUCUUUAUCGUGUGCUACGAAGCAGCAUGCUGUGAGGAUGCGAUGGCGCCCUGAGAGCCGGUGCCGGGAGGACAAAGGCGGCGUGUACGGUGUGAGGGAAGAUACUACGCCGCAGGCUCCAGCAUGAACAACAUCAGCAGCAGCGUCACCCCCACAUGCACCAUGGCCACAGCCGCAGGCAGCGACGGAGGCAGCACCGGAGAGGGGCUGGAGGAUGCGGCCAAGGACUCGGCAGACAUCGCUGCCUUCUACAAAUCUGGACCCCAAAGAAAUGACACUUUGAAAGCUGUGGAGGUAUUGCCUAUUUUGAAGGAAAAAGUUGCCUAUUUAUCUGGUGGCAGAGAUAAACGAGGAGGUCCGGUUUUAACAUUUCCAGCACGAAGCAACCAUGAUAGAAUAAGGCAAGAAGAUCUCAGAAGACUCAUAUCUUAUCUAGCCUGUAUUCCUAGUGAAGAGGUUUGCAAGAGAGGUUUCACAGUAAUUGUUGAUAUGCGUGGCUCCAAGUGGGACUCCAUUAAACCAUUGCUGAAGAUUUUACAAGAAUCAUUUCCCUCUUGUAUUCACAUCGCUUUAAUCAUAAAGCCAGAUAAUUUUUGGCAGAAACGAAGAACUAAUUUUGGAAGUUCAAAAUUUGAAUUUGAGACUAACAUGGUGUCUUUAGAAGGCCUUACCAAAGUUGUUGAUCCUUCCCAGCUAACACCAGAAUUUGAUGGCUGCUUGGAAUACAAUCAUGAAGAGUGGAUAGAGAUAAGAGUGGCAUUUGAGGAUUUCAUAAGCAACGCUACUCACAUGCUUUCACGACUGGAGGAGCUGCAGGAGAUGCUUGCUAAUAAGGAGUUGCCCCAGGACUUGGAAGGUGCUAGGAACAUGAUUGAUUCACAUUCACAGUUGAAAAAAAGGGUAACAAAGGCUCCAAUUGAAAACCUUGAUAUAGAAGGACAGAAGCUUCUACAAAGAAUACAAAACAGUGAAAGUUUUCCCAAAAAAAACUCUAGCUCUGGAAAUGCUGACCUACAAAAUUUUUUACCCAAAGUAUCGACAAUGUUAGAUAGACUUCAUUCUACAAGGCAACAUCUUCAUCAAGUUUGGCAUCAUCAGAAGCUGAAACUGGACCAAUGCUUUCAACUCAGAUUAUUUGAGCAGGAUGCUGAGAAGAUGUUUGACUGGAUUGCACAUAACAAAGGUCUGUUUUUGACAAGUUACACAGAUAUUGGCAUUAGUCAUAAUCAAGCUAUGGAACUUCAGACACAGCACAAUCAUUUUGCUAUGAAUUGCAUGAAUGUGUAUGUGAACAUAAACCGUAUCAUGUCAGUUGCCAAUAGGCUUAUGGAAUCUGGACACUAUGCUUCACAACAGAUCAAGCAGAUUGCCAAUCAACUGGAGCAGGAAUGGAAAAUGUUUGCAGCUGCUUUAGAUGAGCGCAGCACAUUGCUAGAUAUGUCUUCUGUAUUUCACCAGAAAGCUGAGCAGUACAUGAGCAAUGUUGAUUCAUGGUGUAAGGCUUGCGGUAAAGUAGAGCUUCCAUCUGAGCUGCAAGAUUUAGAAGAUGCAAUACAUCAUCAUCAAGGAAUUUAUGAGCAUAUCACUGUUGCUUACUCUGAGGUGAGCCAAGAUGGUAAAUCACUGCUUGACAAACUUCAGCGCCCAUUAACUCCUGGCAGCUGCGAUUCACUGACUGCUUCGGCUAACUAUUCAAAGGCAGUACAUCAUGUCUUGGAUGCCAUUCAUGAAGUUCUACACCAUCAACGACAGCUAGAAAAUAUAUGGCAGCACCGCAAAGUUCGAUUACAUCAACGAUUACAACUGUGUGUUUUUCAGCAAGAUGUUCAACAGGUUUUGGAUUGGAUUCAGAACCAUGGUGAAGCAUUUCUUAGUAAGCACACUGGGGUAGGAAAAUCUCUUCACAGAGCAAGAGCAUUGCAGAAACGACACGAGGAUUUUGAGGAAGUUGCACAGAAUACGUACACCAAUGCUGACAAGUUGCUGGAAGCUGCUGAGCAACUGGCACAAACUGGGGAAUGUGACCCAGAAGAAAUAUACCAAGCAGCUCAUCAAUUAGAGGACCGAAUCCAAGAUUUUGUCAGACGGGUUGAGCAGCGAAAGAUUUUAUUAGACAUGUCUGUUUCACUUCACUCACAUGUUAAAGAGUUGUGGACAUGGAUGGAGGACCUACAAAAAGAACUUUUAGAUGAUGUCUAUGCGGAGUCAGUGGAAGCUGUUCAGGAUCUAAUAAAGCGAUUUGGUCAACAACAACAAACAACUCUACAAUUUACAGUAAAUAUUAUAAAAGAAGGAGAAGAUCUCAUCCAACAGCUUAGGGAUUCAGCUAUUUCCAGUAACAAAACUCCACACAACAGUUCUAUCAAUCAUAUUGAAAGUGUUCUUCAACAGUUGGAUGAAGCCCAGUCGCAGAUGGCGGAACUUUUUCAAGAACGAAAAAUAAAACUUGAACUCUUCUUACAGCUGCGAAUAUUUGAAAGAGAUGCUAUUGAUAUCAUUUCAGAUUUGGAGUCCUGGAAUGAUGAACUUUCUCUACAAAUGAAUGAUUUUGACACAGAGGAUCUUACACUUGCAGAACAAAGACUGCAGCAUCAUGCCGACAAAGCUCUUACUAUGAAUAACUUGACAUUUGAUGUCAUUCAUCAAGGGCAAGAACUACUACAGUACGUAAAUGAGGUUCAAACAUCAGGAGUGGAUCUUCUCUGUGAUAGAGAUGUGGAUAUGGCAACACGAGUGCAAGAUUUGCUUGAAUUUCUUCAUGAGAAACAGCAAGAUUUGGAUGUAUCCGCUGAGCAGCACCGCAAACACCUAGAACAGUGUGUGCAGCUCCGCCAUCUUCAAGCUGAAGUGAAACAGGUACUGGGUUGGAUCAGAAAUGGGGAAUCUAUGUUAAAUGCUGGUCUCAUUACAGCCAGUUCACUGCAGGAGGCAGAACAACUACAGCGGGAACAUGAGCAAUUUCAGCACGCAAUAGAGAAAACACACCAGAGUGCCCUACAAGUGCAACAAAAGGCAGAGGCUAUGCUACAAGCCAAUCAUUAUGAUAUGGAUAUGAUAAGGGAUUGUGCUGAAAAAGUGGCAUCACAUUGGCAACAGCUGAUGCUGAAAAUGGAAGAUCGGCUGAAACUUGUGAAUGCCUCUGUGGCCUUUUAUAAAACCUCAGAGCAGGUAUGUAGUGUUUUAGAAAGCCUGGAGCAGGAGUAUAAGCGAGAGGAAGAUUGGUGUGGAGGGGCUGACAAGCUUGGGCCAAACUCUGAAACUGAUCACGUCACUCCCAUGAUUAGCAAGCACCUUGAGCAAAAAGAGGCUUUUCUUAAGGCUUGCACUUUGGCUCGAAGAAAUGCUGAUGUCUUUUUGAAAUACUUGCACAGAAAUAGCGUAAACAUGCCUGGAAUGGUGACACAUGUUAAAGCUCCGGAGCAGCAAGUAAAAAAUAUCUUAAAUGAAUUGUUUCAGAGGGAAAACAGAGUACUACAUUAUUGGACCUUACGGAAAAGGCGACUAGACCACUGCCAACAAUAUGUAGUAUUUGAAAGAAGUGCCAAACAGGCACUUGAAUGGAUCCAUGAUAAUGGAGAAUUUUAUCUCUCUACUCAUACGUCAACAGGCUCUACCAUACAGCAUACUCAAGAGUUAUUAAAAGAGCAUGAAGAGUUUCAAAUCACUGCCAAGCAAACUAAAGAAAGGGUAAAAUUGUUAAUACAGCUAGCUGAUGGUUUUUGUGAAAAGGGACAUGCUCAUUCAUCAGAAAUUAAAAAAUGCAUCAAUGUGGUGGACAAAAGGUAUCGUGACUUUUCUCUGCGCAUGGAAAAUUACAGGACAUGCUUAGAAAAAGCAUUAGGCAUUUAUUCUGAUUCAAGCAAGUCGAGUAAAAGUCUGCAGUUGGACAUAAUUCCAGGCAGCGCACCUGGCUGUGAAGUUAAGCUCCGCGAUGCAACACAUGAGCUCAAUGAGGAGAAAAGGAAAUCUGCUCGCAGAAAAGAGUUCAUUAUGGCUGAGCUUAUUCAAACAGAAAAGACCUAUGUCCGAGAUCUGCGGGAAUGCAUGGAUACAUAUCUGUGGGAAAUGACAAGUGGGGUUGAAGAAAUUCCACAUGGUAUUGUAAAUAAAGAACACAUUAUCUUUGGAAACAUGCAGGACAUUUAUGAGUUUCAUAACAAUGUGUUCCUUAAAGAACUUGAAAAAUAUGAACAAUUACCUGAAGAUGUGGGACACUGUUUUGUCACUUGGGCUGACAAAUUUCAAAUGUAUGUGUCCUAUUGCAAAAAUAAACCUGACUCCACCCAGCUUAUCUUGGACCAAGCAGGACCUUAUUUUGAUGAAAUUCAACACCGUCAUGAAUUGGCAAACUCUAUUUCUUCUUACCUUAUUAAACCUGUACAGCGGAUAACAAAAUACCAGCUUCUCCUGAAGGAGCUCUUGACAUGCUGUGAAGAAGGCAAGGGAGAAAUUAAAGAUGGAUUAGAGGUGAUGCUUAGUGUUCCAAAGAGAGCAAAUGACGCCAUGCACCUAAGCAUGCUAGAAGGUUUUGAGGAAAACAUUGAAACUCAGGGAGAGCUGAUUCUACAGGAAUCCUUUCAGGUUUGGGACCCUAAAACGUUGAUCAGGAAGGGCAGAGAGAGGCAUCUCUUUCUUUUUGAGAUGUCACUUGUCUUCAGUAAAGAGGUCAAAGAUUCCAGUGGAAGAAGCAAAUAUAUUUACAAGAUGAAAUUAUUUACCUCAGAGUUAGGAGUCACAGAACAUGUAGAGGGUGACCCAUGUAAAUUUGCACUUUGGGUUGGCAGAACACCAUCAUCUGACAACAAAAUUGUUCUUAAGGGCUCCAGCAUUGAGAAUAAACAAGAUUGGAUUAAGCAUAUAAGAGAAGUUAUACAAGAUAGAACCAUUCACUUGAGAGGUGCAUUGAAAGAGCCAAUUCAUAUACCGAAGACUGUAUCAACAAAACAGAAAGCAGCCAGAAGAGAUGGAGAAGACCUUGACAGCCAGGGAGAUGGCAGUCAACCUGAUACAAUAUCGAUAGCAUCAAGAACUUCACAAAAUACAUUGGACAGUGAUAAGCUUUCGGGAGGUUGUGAGCUGACAGUGGUCAUUCAUGAUUUUACGGCUUGCAACAGCAAUGAACUGACGAUACGACGAGGACAGACACUGGAGAUUCUUGAGAGGCAGCAUGACAAACCUGAUUGGUGUUUAGUUCGGACUACUGACAAAUCACCGGCAGUAGAGGGUUUAGUUCCUUGCAGUUCAUUGUGCAUUGCACACUCAAGGAGUAGCAUGGAAAUGGAAGGCAUAUUUAAUCAUAAAGACUCAUUUUGUGUUUCUGGUAAUGAUGCUAGUCCACCAGCUUCAUUAAACUCUCUACAACCACAUAUGGUUGGUACUCAGAGCUCACCAGGUCCUAAGCGUCCUGGUAACACAUUGCGGAAAUGGCUAACAAGUCCUGUGAGGCGACUCAGCAGUGGGAAAGCUGAUGGGCAUGUGAAAAAAUUGGCCCAUAAACAGAAGAAAAGCAGAGAGGUGCGCAAGAAUGCAGACUCUAGUUAUCAAAAGGAUUCUGAUGACAGUGCUGCAACACCACAGGAUGAAACUAUUGAAGAGCGAGUACGGAAUGAAGGCCUCAGUAGUGGCACACUUUCCAAAUCCUCCUCAUCUGGCAUGCAGAGUUGUGGAGAAGAAGAAAGUGAGGAAGGACCUGAUGCAGUGCCGCUGCCACCCCCAAUGGCUAUUCAGCAGCACAGCCUUCUUCAGUCUGAUUCCCAAGAUGAUAAGACAUCUAGAUUAUUGGCACGUCCAACUAGUUCUGAAACUCCCAGUGCUGCUGAGCUUGUCAGUGCUAUUGAAGAACUUGUUAAAAGCAAAAUGGCUCUGGAAGAUCGCCCAAGUUUUCUUCAAGUAGACCAAGGUGACAGUAGUAGCCCCUCAUUUAAUCCUUCAGAUACUUCUCUCCUAUCUUCAGCCUCUCCGAUUGAUGAAAUGGAGGAAAAGAAAUCCAGCUCCUUAAAAAGACGACAUUACGUGUUACAGGAAUUAGUCGACACAGAGAGAGAUUACGUGCGAGACCUUGGCUAUGUGAUUGAGGGGUAUAUGGCACUUAUGAAGGAGGAUGGAGUUCCUGAUGAUAUGAAAGGAAAAGAUAAAAUCAUUUUUGGGAAUAUUCAUCAGAUUUAUGACUGGCACAGAGAGUUCUUCCUGGGUGAACUGGAAAAAUGUUUGGAAGAGCCAGAAAGGCUAGCUUCUUUAUUUGUGAAGCAUGAGAGAAGGUUACACAUGUACAUCAUUUACUGCCAAAACAAACCAAAGUCUGAGCAUAUUGUAUCUGAAUACAUUGACACUUAUUUUGAGGACUUGAAACAGCGCUUGGGCCAUCGCCUUCAACUAACAGACUUGUUAAUAAAACCUGUACAAAGAAUUAUGAAAUACCAGCUACUUUUAAAGGAUUUCCUGAAGUACUCCAAAAAAGCGUGUAUGAAUAUUGCAGAAUUGGAGAAAGCUGUUGAAGUCAUGUGUAUCAUCCCGAAACGGUGUAACGACAUGAUGAAUGUUGGACGACUGCAAGGGUUUGACGGCAAAAUUGUAGCUCAAGGAAAGCUUCUGCUUCAGGAUACAUUUCUUGUCAAUGACCAAGACUCAGGACUUCUACCACGCUGCAAAGAAAGGCGGGUCUUCCUUUUUGAACAAAUAGUUAUCUUCAGUGAACCCCUAGAUAAAAAAAGAGGCUAUUCUAUGCCGGGCUUUCUAUUUAAAAAUAGUAUUAAGGUGAAUUCCCUUAGUUUGGAGGAAUGCGUUGAUGGUGAUCCUUGCAAGUUUGCCCUGUUGUCUGCAGACUCCAAUGAAAGGUAUAUUUUGAAUUCUACAUCCCCAGCUGUAAGACAGCUAUGGAUACAUGAAAUCAAUCAAAUCUUGGAGAACCAGCUUAACUUCCUCAAUGCCUUGGCAUCACCAAUUGAAUACCAUAGGAAUCAUACGGGUGGAAAUAAUGGCAACAGUGGCAACAUUGUCACUUCCACCAGCGGUUCUACCAACACAAGUGGGCUGAGUAUCUCUGGCCGAUCCAGACCCUCACGAAUUCCUCAGCCUGUCAGACAUCACUCACCUGUACUGGUUUCCUCUUCCGCUAUGGCAGAGGCAGACAAAUUAUCAGGUAUGUUUGUUCGCAGUGCCUCAGUAUUACCCCUCAACUUCUCAUUAGAUGUUACAAAUAUCAAUACAGACAAGAUUAUCCCAUGUCAAGAGACUGGUGUCAAGGAUAAAGAAUCUUUACCAAAGACAAAAGCACUUGAUGGCAGCAAGAAGCUUUCUAGUGGUUUAACAAAUGGACUUCAAAGAAAAUUGUAUGAGAACAAUGAAGACAGUCGUCUUACAUUAGGGAAACCAGUAAACAGAGCUACAACUUCUCUUAAUUCUCAUGUUUCAUGUAAUUUUGCAUUGUCUUUUGGCAAGGAAGCUUCUACACCCAGCAGCCCACUUCAUAAAGGCUCUUUUUGGAGCUCAGUACAAGUUUCCCCAGCUAGCCGCCCUGGCUCCAUCACUUUUCCUGGGGACAGUGACUCUCUACAACGUAAGAGUUCUCGCCAAUACCCACACAGCAAGGAUUCAGACCGUCUCAGCACCUGCUCCUCAACCAGUGAGCAGUCCGUUCACUCUACUCAGAGUAAUGGGAGUGAAACUAGCAGCAGUAGCAAUAUCUCCACCAUGUUGGUGACGCACGAUUACAUGGCGGUGAAGGAGGAUGAGAUCAAUGUCUACCAAGGAGAGGUGGUUCAAAUUUUGGCGAGUAAUCAGCAGAACAUGUUUCUGGUGUUCCGAGCUGCCACCAAUGAGUGCCCUGCAGCCGAAGGCUGGAUCCCAAGCUACGUCCUAGGCCACACAUGUGCAGUCAUCAGUGAUUUGCCUGAUGGGAAAAUGAAGUGGGUAUUUGGCUAAGAAAGGUAGCAAUAAAUGUUAAUGUUUUAUAUAAGUUGUAUAUGAGUGAUAAUGCAAAAAUUCUGUAUAUAAGUGGUAGCCACCUGUUUUAUUCAAAUAUUCUGAAGAAUUGCAGACAAGCACCUUAUGGAUGUUUCUUGUCUUUUUGCUUAUAUUGAUUUUAUGUAACAUUGCACAGAACUUGCUGUACAACACAGGCAAAUAAAAAUAUAUUUAAAAUGAAA